AUGGAGAAGGUACAGAAAAACUCCAAUGUGAGAAUGCUUGCAUGCCUCCUCGAUGGAGACGACAUUGUCCAGAGCGAUUAUCGUUUUCUUGUCGAUGGAAGCCUCGUAAAAUACGUUAUCACGGCGCCAGGCACAUUUCUCAACGAUCAUGAAGGCCGCGCUUUCGAGCCCAUCCUUCUUGGCAACCUAUUCCCUCAAUUCCCUGCUGGAGACUGGAAUAAUGGGCAUGUUGCUCGAGACCCCGCUACAGGGGAACCUUCAUUCGUUAAGACUGAGAUCUUCAAUGACCUGGAAUUUACCCAACGAGAGCGAUUGAGACAGCGUGUCCACGUUUCAACACACCCUAACAUCAAUGGUGGCAAGCCUGCGCUUGUCAAAUUUGCUGUUUGGCCCUGGGAGAUUGACUAUGUCGAGGCUGAGGCUGCAGCUUAUCAAUGGCUUCAAAACAGCAAGGUUAGCCCCAAAUUUCUUGGUCACGUCACGGAAGGCAAAGAUGGACGAGUCAUUGGAUUUGUCACGGAGUUCAUUGAGGGUGCAAGGCCCGCGGAGCCAAUGGACAUUGAGGGAUGCGAAAAGGCUCUGAAGAAGCUACAUAGACUCGGUAUUAAGAUUGGUGAUACAAACAAGUUCAAUUUUCUGGUUCGCGAUGGCCAGGAUAUCAUCAUAGUUGAUCUGGAGACAGCUAAGCAAGGAUGUUCACCUGAGGAACUUGAAGAAGAGAUAAAGGGUCUCAAAGCCUGUCUCGAGGACACAUCUUUCCUAGGUGGGGAGUAUGUUGUAGAAGAAUAA